AUGUCCGACUCCUCUUCGCCCUCUGAUUCCGAUUACGAUGAACCUGUCAAUAGAACAUCAGACUCCGAUGAGGCGCCAAGGGGAAAAGCAAAAACCAAGAAGACCAAGGCCGGCAAGGCGCUUCACAGCGGUUCUGAAAGCGACCCACCAUCUGAGUCUGACCAUGAAGAAGACGAUGAGGAGAAGUCAUCAGCUGCUCGUAAACGGACAAAGCCGACACCGGUUCGCUCAACCAAAAGAACAAAGAGGACAAGGAGUGACAGCAACUCGGACGAUGAAAUGUUUCGAAAGCUUGAAGCUGAUGGGAUAGAGAUGAAUGCCGAAGAACGAGCAAACUACCUGGAGAUGAGUGAGAAGAUGCGUGAAGAAUUCAUCUAUCAAAAGACUAUUGAUAUGGAGGACAAGAAACACAGAGAAGAGAUUCAAACAAAAAUCCGUCUUCGCAAACCCGGAAAGCCUGUGAAAGCUCCACCAAAGCCAACGAGCGAUAGUGAUGACGAUGAUCGUUCCCCUUCUCCAAAAGGAGCUUCUCCAGCAAAAGGAAGUGAUAGUGAAUAUGAUGCUGAGUUUCAACGUCCAUCUGAGAUUGACAAGAAACGGAAACAAAAAAGUGCACUCAGCGACUUGCUGAGUAAGCGUCGAGAAAAGGAAAAGAAAGAAGCUAAAAAGGUGGCUCAACUUUCCGCUUCUGCUAGGGAUGGAGAUGAAUCCGAUAGCUCAGCCUCAAGUUCAUCAAGCAGCUCCUCUAGCCGCUCCUCUUCUCCAUCAUCAGUAUCAUCACAUGCUCGGAGUGCUACACCAGAACAAGAAGUUCCUAAGAAACAAGUUGAAAACAAACAAGAAUUGGAACAAGCAAGGAUAUCUCGUUUUCGCUUGGCCAAAUUUGUUCAUGCUCCAUUCUUCAAGAAAGCCCUCGUUGGCUGCUAUGUGAGGGUCGGAGAGCUGCCUCCGUCGGCCAGUGGAAAUGCAUUGAGGAUAGGCUUGGUUUUGGAUGUUGUUGAGACGGCAAAGACCUACAAUGUGGAAGGACAACGCACAAAUAAAGGCUUGAAGCUUCGCUUUGGAGCUAGGGAUGAGCGUACGAUUCGUCUCGAGUUUAUCUCAAAUCAACAAUUCACUGAGAAAGAUUUUACGGAAUGGCUUUCGGUGAUGAAAAAUACGGGUGCAACUCUACCAAAUAUAGACCAACUAGAAAAGAAGGCCAAGGAAAUCAAAGAGGCGAGCAAUCACAGCUACACCGAUGCUGAAGUUGAUGCGAUGCUCGUCGAGAGGAAACGCUUUGAACAAAAAACUGGAAACUUUGCUGCUAAGAAGAGUCAACUUCUGACCGAAAAGGAUUGUCACAAAUGGGUUAAGAGUUUC